GACUACACGGUCGGCUGGGUGUGCGCUCUGCCCCUUGAGCUUGGUGCAGCAACAGCAAUGCUCGAUGAAGAGCAUGGCAUACUACCUGUCGGACCUGGAGAUAGGAACACCUACACGUUCGGCAGGAUAGGACACCACAACGUCGUCAUGGUAUGUCUCCCCAGUUAUGGCACUGCCAAGGCUGCCGCCGUGGCCAGCCACAUGCUCCGGAGCUUUCCAAACAUCCAGUCCGGACUCAUGGUCGGCAUUGGGGGCGGUGUUCCAACUAGUGAUGCAGAUAUACGGCUCGGCGAUGUCGUCGUUGGCGAUUCAGUUGUGCAGUACGAUCUCGGAAAGACGGUGAAAGGCGGCAAGUUCGAGCGGACAGGUGGCUCAGGCAAGUCGCCGCCAGAAAACCUCAAAAUUGCCGUCCAAAGUCUACGUGAACGACACAAUUUGCGACGAGGACGAAUCUUUGAUAUUGUUUCCGAGAUGCUAAAGCGUCAUCCAUCUGUACGAAAAAGGUACGCUCGCCCUAUUGAGGGGCAGGACCAGCUCUUUGACGCUGCCUACGACCAUGUCGAAGAACCAAACGAUGGAAACGUCGUACAAUGUGGCCGCUGCGACAUCUCCUGGCUUUUCCCCAGGCCGCCUCGAUUUGAAAGACGCUGUAAAGUUCACUACGGCAAGAUCGCUUCAGGCAAUCAGGUCAUAAAACACGGGAAGACUCGAGACCGCUUGGCCCGGGAACUUGGUGCGGUGUGCUUCGAAAUGGAGGCGGCCGGUCUAGUUGACGCCAACUUCCCUUGCCUCGUUGUCCGUGGCAUCAGCGACUACGCAGACUCUCACAAGAACAAUCGGUGGCAGGGGUCUGCAGCUGCUGCGGCUGCCGCCUAUGCGAAGGAGCUCCUGGCCAAUCUACCGGCC